AUGGCCUUUCCCAUUCCCUCCCAUCUCCCUCGGCGGGCUCCUCCCCAGGAUGUCUCGUCAAGUAUCCUCAACAAAAUCGACGCUGCGACGAAUGAAUCACUGAACGCGGCGCUGGCGUCGUCGUGGAUCCAAGAACUCAACGAUACCAUAUACGCUACCAAGAAACGGAUACGCGAACGGAUACAUGAAGACUUGCCCCAGUUUGAGCAGCAGCUGGCGUCAGCCAAGUCUGUGCAGACACGUCUGCAAUCUUUGACCAGCGAAGUCGACAGUCUCUCCGACAAGUUGUCACGGCCAGAGACAGGCCUGAUACCGACGUUAAUGCAUUCUCUUACGAAACAUGCAACCUUGACGCAAGAGAACGCGGAAGCAAAUGUGCUUCACGACUGCCUGUCUCAUUUACUGCGGUGUCGAACGGAACUCGAAUCUUUGGAUGGCCUUGUGAAUGCCGGAAAGCUUUCAGAUGCUGUGGCCGCUUGCAAGGAAAUGGAGGUACUACUUACCGAUGUUCCUCUACCGUUGGUGCAAAGUAAUAUUCUUGUCGACCUCAAGAACAAAUUUCGUUCUGCCAAAGCUCGUACUGAAGAUCAACUGAGCGAGGCGUAUACCAGAAUCAUAUCCAUGUCUCCAGAAUCCUUGAUUGUCCGACCUUCUGUGCAAGUCCGGCAAUCAGAGACAAUGCUUGAUCUUUCAAACGUGCUAUCAUCUCUGUCCGAACAAGCCUUGGUGAACCACCUUAACAUUCUACGACGCGACCUCACGACAUAUUACGUGGACCGUAUACUCCAAGAAGACAUCUCCGUCACUAUAUCAUCAAACGAAAUAUCUUGCGUCCAUUCUUCUGGAGAGAACAAAAUUGACAGCCUAUCGAAUGUCUUUUCCUUCCUUGCCACCCACCUCUUCUCCUCUCUCCCUCAACCCCAACAGGUUCAAUUUCCCCGAUCACUGUGCAAACCACUAAGUCUUAGUGUUCUCAACAAUCUUUUGUUACCCGCCUUGCCAUCUUCCUUCAAAAAACUUCCUCCCUUCCUUGAUCUCGUUCGACACGCCGUCGAAUUCGAAGAUAAAUUCAUUAUAGGCAUUCUUGGAGGCGACCAACACGACAAUUCAAUACAUAAUUGGGCGGACGGUGUAGCUGGACACUACGAACGGCGAAGGAGACUCCAGAUUUUAGACGCAGCAAGAACUCUCAUCAUGUCACUGCGCAAUCAAUACGACGUUCUCACUGUGGAAGUCGAAUUACAAACGGAAAGUCGUCAGCCUACUGUCGUCCCAGUACAAGCUGAUGAUAACCCCCCUGCUGGCGACGAAGACGCGUGGGGAUUUGACGACGGAAAAGAAGAGACACAGGCAGAAGGUGAAGUCGAAGGUUUGGAAUCAAACGGAGAUGGCUGGGGGUUCGAUGACGAACUUGAUGCAGAGUCAGAUGAAGGAAAGCGAGAAAAUGGUGAUAACGAGAAUGAUCCCGGGGACGCUUGGAACGUUUCUGAGGAGACGGCUUGGGAUGAUCCUUGGGGCGAUAUACCUGCGGAUGAACCUGCUGCUCCUGUUCCUCCCACACAGACCCACGAGGCUGCAGACGCACUGGCAAAGGCGGCGAAUAAAGGCAAAACAAGCGUCAACGGAAACUCUCCUACAAGCUCUCGGAAAACGGCAGCAACUAACGUUCCCCACAAACCGCCGGAAAAGCGGCCGCCAAAGCUCACCUUGACGGAAACUUACUUAGUUUCGGGACAGGUAAUGGAGAUACUCAAGAUUGUUGAGGGCGUUCUUAAUGAAGGGGCAGAGUUGGCUACUUCCAAUAUUUUCCCGCCAUCAAAGUCGCCCAAAGGAAACCUGUUGCUGCAGACGGCACCAUCGGUCGUGGAUCUGUACAAAGCAUUGUACCCUGUGGUGUUCAGUGGAGAGCUGAAGACUGCGUUGGAUGCUCCAUUGCGUUUUUCGAAUGAUUGCUUGUAUCUCAGUCAAGAGCUCGAGCGAAUUGACGCGGGCGCUGUUAAAGAUCGAAUGCAAGAGUCUCAGCAUCGGCUGGAAAUUCUGGGUAACAGUUGGCUGGAUGAUAUUAUCGAACAACACAGACAAUCGGUUGAUGAGAUCGUCAGGGAUGGCGCUGUAAGGUUCACUUUCACAGGGGACCAGGACCGCUAUGAUGAAUGUGAAGCGGCCCUCAACAAAAGUAAAUACUACAUGGCUAUCGGUUCGGUGACAGAGGCGGCACUGUCAAGGGUCCUAGAGGACAUUCUCGCCUUGCCUGAUAUCCCGGAGGUAGAGUCGAGACGGUUGGCUGAGCUAUGUCGUAUUCUCCACGCUCUUGAAGGACUAUUCGUCGAGAAUCCGGAACAGCCAUCUUUUGUGGUAGCGUAUGCGCCAUCUUGGUUGAAGUACUCUUAUCUAUCAGAGCUUUUGGAAGCAUCCAUGGCAGACAUAACAUACUUAUUCGAAGAAGGGGCUUUGGUGGAUUUUGAGGUUGAUGAACUCGUAAGACUCGUUCGCGCUCUAUUCGCAGACACAAAUCUACGGACUAUUACGGUUAACAAGCUGUUGCAAGGGCAUCCUAACAGAUCCGAUUUAUGA